AACAAAGCCACGUGUGGCAGGGAAGUUUCGAAAGUGGGCGGGGCUUGUGUAUUUCCGGGUUCUGACUCGGAGGAUAUAAACCGAGUUGCGCAGUGACAACAGAGGGAUAGAAACACACCGACGAAAACCGCUUGAACGCGCAGCAGCAAAAAGCAGAGACCUUUAUAGACUUUUUCUCCUUCAACUUGCUGAAGCCACUCAGCCAACAACAUGCCUUUUCUCGGACAGGACUGGAGGUCCCCGGGUCAGAACUGGGUAAAAACCGAAGACGGGUGGAAAAAGACAACAGUGGAUGAGAAAAACAACAACGUAUCCUUGGAGAGCUUUUGCAAAGUCAAGGAGGAGCGUUUCAACGAGGAGAACCUGCUUCUCUCUCUCAGCUAUGACAUGGCUGCCAAGAAGAGGAAGAAAGACCUAAUGAACAACAACACCAAGGUCCCCUAUUUCCACAGGGAGAAGUGGAUUUACGUCCAUAAAGGAAGCACCAAGGAGCGCCACGGAUACUGUACGCUCGGAGAGGCCUUCAAUCGUUUAGAUUUCUGCAGCGCCAUCAAGGACACGAGGAGAUUUAAUUACAUUGUCAGGCUCCUGGAACUUAUCGCCAAGUCCCAGCUCCCCUCGCUAAGCGGAGUGGCGCAGAAAAACUACAUGAACAUUCUGGAGAGAGUGGUUCAGAAAGUCCUUGAUGACCAGCAGAACGUCCGGCCCAUCAAAGAGCUGCUGCAGACGCUCUACAUCUCCCUGUGUGGUCUGGUUCAGGACAUGGGCAAGUCUGUUCUGGUGGGGAACAUCAACAUCUGGGUGCACCGCAUGGAGAACAUCCUUCAGUGGCAGCAGCAGCUGGACAACAUCCAGAUAAACAGGGUCAGCAUCUGCCCGCGGCGCACAGUCAAAGACGUGCUCUGCGGAGCUCAGAUGAAAUGGCCGUUAUGUUUACGCCCCUCUCUGUCUCCCCAUCAGCCCACAGCAGUAGGCCUGACUCUGACCGACCUGCCCGCCAGCCUGCAGCUGGACAUCAUGCAGCGUCUGUCGGACGGCAGGGACCUGGUCAGCCUGGGCCAGGUGUGUCCGGAGCUGGGCACCCUCACUGAGGACCGGCUGCUGUGGAAGAAGCUCUGCCAGUACCACUUCACCGACAGACAGGCAUGUAGAUCCACCUCAUUGGGUAUCCGUAAGCGUCUGAUGGUGUCAGAUAAAGGCCACCUGGAGUGGAAGAAAAUGUACUUUAAGCUGAGCCGCUGCUAUCCUCACAGAGAGCAGUACAGCGACACCCUGCACUUCUGCACGCACUGCCACAUCCUUUUUUGGCAGGACACAAAGCACCCCUGCACAGCCAACAACCCAGAGAGCUGCACCACGUCCCUCUCCCCUCAAGACUUCAUCAGCCUCUUCAACUUCUGAUCCCUACUCCACACACGACCCCGAAAAAGGGAAAACCUGAAUGAACUGACUGUACAUAUGGUUUCUGUACAUAGAAAUGCACAAUGUUUUUGUUUUUCAUAUCAAAAUCGAGUCCUGGAUGUACAUUUAGUUGCAGCGUGGCUGGAGGGGGACGCAGGCAGAGGGACACUUAUGCAAUUUUGUUCUAUUUUUUUUUUUUUUUUUUAUCUUUUGGACGAGUACAGAAGCUUCUGGAAACGUUCACCCCUGAGAGCAAAUGAAUGUGACGAAGCCCUUUAGUGGUGUAUAAGCAAACCUGCUUAUAUGGUACAUGGUGCAGAGAAAAGGAAAAAGGGAAUAUCAAGUGACACAGUUUAGUCUUAGUUUUACAUGUGUUUUUGGAUAUGACGUCAUUUUUCUUUCCGGAGGGUGAGUUGAUUUUGUUAAAUUCAUAUAUAUAUAUAUUUAUAUAUAUAUAUAAAUCUGCUUUUCAGCCUUUUUAAAAAAAGUUUGUUUCGAUAUAGGAAGUCAGAUGAUUGAUGUGUGUGAAACUGAAUGAGUCUGCAGCCUCAUUUAUGCAUCGGGCUGGAGAAAAGCAUCCGUUAAUUGGCUGCAGCAAUAAAAGAGUAAGCAAGAAAUGGAAAGUAAUGAUUAGACCGAGAGGCUUGAUUGACACAUCACAGUCUUUAUUUUUCACUUUUAUAUGGUUUUGUUACCUUCUUAAAAAAAAAACUAAAAAAACAGUGUUCUGCUAUAGCAGUUCUGGCUGCAGCACCUGAGUGCAGUAUUACCAAAGAUUCUAAUCAAAGUCAGUAUAGCAAUGAAGUGUGCCUUUUUUAAAUUCUUUUUUAUUGAGACUUGAAUUUGUUCCGGUACAAUUUCUGUCUAGUUGGAUAUGCUUUCAGAUCCAGAUGCUAUUUUGGAUACUGUUUGUGUUUUUGUUUUGUUUUUUUUAUUAUCGAAGUGUGCAACGUCUCACUUUCAGAGUAGAUCAAAUCUGACGCUCUGGUACCCGUGCUGAAUAUUUUUCUAAGGCCUCCUGCAUGCUUUGUUUUUUUUACUUUUCGAACACCCAGCUGAUUGUCUUUUCACUUUUUAAAUUUUUUUUCAAUCUAUUCAGAUUUUAGUCAGAUGUUCCCCUCGCUCAAUUGGGUGCGAAGAAGUGAAAAUUGUUAGUGUAAACAUAAAGUUUGAGUCUGAGUUGCUUCUGUCACAGCUCAGAGGAAUAACGUCCAUGCUAUGCAAUGCCGUUUGUUCAUGUUCUGUUGAAUAAAUAAAAAGACUUUAUCAGUUAUA